AUGUAUCUCCCUCGGCAGCUUAUAUCAAAACUCUACCUCCACUUGCAAAAUACCCGCCACCCACUAUCGCCGCCUGUCCUCAUCCUGGUCGCCCUCGAAACCGAUGCGCUAUGUGCCUGCCGUAUCCUAACCCAACUUCUUAAACAUGACUAUAUCCCGCACAAGAUCCAGCCAGUCGCUGGCUACUCCGACCUCGAACGUGCCGGUACUGAGCUCGUCAGCCCCAUGAUGGAGACCCGUGGUGGUGCUGGAGGAGUCGUUGUAUGCUUGGGCGUGGGCGGUAUGGUUGACCUCGGCACAGUUCUCGGACUUGAACCCGAGGGCGAAGAAAAUACCUUUGGGGGUGUGGAGGUGUGGGUGAUCGACUCCCAUCGCCCGUGGAACUUGGGCAACGUUUUCGGCGGCUUUCCCCUCGAACCAGAGACGCAAGAGGCCAGGACAUUCUCUGCACGAACCCCCAUUGGUGUCAAUGGCGGCCGGAUAGAGCGAGCAUACAAACCAGGCAAAGGCGGCAUCAUUGUCAUGGAUGACGGCGACAUUGAAGAUGAGCUCUCCAAGGAACGAGAUGCGUAUCUAGCCCUAGUGGAUAUGCCCGAAAUCGAAGAUGAUGGCCGGGACUUGGGCGACAGUGAUGAAGACGAAAGCGAGACCGAGGAAGACACUGGUGAUACAUCAGUUGUUGCGGGUAGAAAGAGGAAAUCCUGGUCUGACUUCGACGAGGACGAUGAUGAAGACGACCGACCUAGACAGCGACGAAGAAGCAAUUCGGUGAGUACGUUCCGAUUUCUACAUUCGCCUCGCCGGCCGCAACACCGUGGUCUCAUAUCUCUACGCGACGAUGCCCUAUUUUCCAGUGACGCGCUGGAAGCUCCGCCUGCAGCACAACCACCCAGAGGCCCUUCAGCCAACACUCUCCGACGAAGAUUGCUACGACUACGACGAGAAAACGAGGGAGUUCUGCGCGAGUACUACCGACUGGGUACAUCAUAUUCGGAGCCCAUCUCGUCCAUGAUGUACUCCCUUGCGUCAGAACUAGGUCGUGAAGACAACGACCUGCUAUGGUUAGCGAUCGUUGGAGUCACGUCGAUGGAGCUGUAUGGCCGCUCAUCUGCCGGUAUUGCGGUAGCAGCUCGCAGAUCAGACGCCCGCAUUUCCGGUUGGCUCGGCAUGCGUGGUGCGAGAAUACGACAGCUUCUGCGGGACGAGGUCAGACGUCUCAACCCACCAGAGAUAGGAAACGGCCGGGUGCUCCCCGAGACAACGGGAAUCAUCCCAACAACCGCUCGAAGUCCGGAGGAUACCAGUAUCAGGUUGUCGCCGGAGCCCAAGUUCCUGCUUAUUAGGCACUGGAGUUUAUACGACAGCAUGCUUCACUCACCCUACCUCUUCUCUCGGCUAAAGACGUGGAGCGAGGCUGGCAUGAAGCGAUUACACAAGCUUCUCGCCAAGAUGGGUGUCAGUCUGGUGCAGUGCAAGCAGAGUUAUGCCCACAUGGACAUGAUGUUGAAGCGCGAACUUCGCACCAAACUACUAAAAUACGCGUCUCUCUACAACCUCGACGAACUUGUUCCGACAAUAGACACGGACGGGAAAGAUCGCGGAGGUGCCAAAGAUGGAUGGGGCUUUGUACGCAGUUGGGGUUGGAGGGCAACCCUGAGUGCGCAAGAUGUCGGUGUCGUAGUCGGAGCCCUGUUGGAAGUGGGGAAGAACACCACUAGUGCUGAUGAUCUUCCUGCUGGUCCAUCUCAGGAUCUUCUCGACGUAGACAACAACCAGAGCCAAAGUGAGGAGUGGAUCCCCAGGUUCUGGGAGGCGUAUGAUGCGCUGGAGGACAUCGAGGCCCUUAAGGCUGGCCUUCCCACGGCGCAGUAUCUACACAAGGCCAUCUUCACUACUGGCACGACAAUUUUGAAGAAGAAACAAAUAUCCCAUCUGCGCGCAUUCCGCAUGUGUGUGGUCAAGGACUCACCAGAUGCGACACUCUUCAACCACCCCGGCGCCUUGACCAAGCUAGCCCUCUGGAUCGGUGAAGCACUCGCGGAACAGGAAAAAGAAGCCACUGGCGGGAAGCUCGCCCAUGGCGGUCGUGGUACACCUCUCGUAGUGGCUAGUCUAGAUGACAAGCGCGGAGUGUAUGUCGUCGUCGGUACUGGUGGCGGCGGUGGGCCAGACACCAAGUUCCUCGACCGUGAAUCGGCCAAGAAGCGCGCCGAAGAAAAAGAAGCCAAAGCGAAUGCCAAGGAGAUGCAGAGAAGGAUCAAAGACAAGAUCAAGGCCGAGAAGAAGGAGGCCAAGAGAAAGGAAAAAGAAGAGAAAAAGAAAGCCAAGUCCGACGCCGGCGGUGAUGAGGACGAGGAAGAGGACAACGAGGAAGAUAGUGACGACGACUCGGAUCUCUCUGAUUCGGACUCGGACGACGAUGACGAGUCGGAUGAAGAUGAGGACGAGCUUGAUCAAGAACUUGAAAGGGGCUACGGCCUCAACAAAUUCGGAACAGCGUUCCAAGACGUGGUGGCGGAGACUAAUGCCAGAGUGCGUAUCGACAGCUUUGAGCACUGCGUCGUGGAGGUCAAGAAGGAGGAUCUUAGUGGCUUCUUGGAAAGUCUCAGCAUGAAAGUUGUCAUUGGGUGA